AUGGAAUCGGACGAUCUACCUCACGACCGAACAGAAGAGGUGAAAGAAACUGAUGAGGUGGAUCAUGGAGAGGAGGAGGACGACGACGAAAUAGAAGAAGCUGAAGCAGAGAUUUCCGAUCCAGACGCUUCUAAUCGGAUGUAUCGACAUCGUGGUUACAUAAAUCGGGGCGGGGACAGCGGACAAACAAGAUUGCCAGUCACUGCGUCUUCCUCUUCAGAUGAUGAUGACUCCGAGAAGAUGUUCGGACGUCGCGGAAUAAACGGGGACAGUGAUGAGGACGAUGAGGAGGACGAACAAGAGUUGAGUACGGAGUUUUGGAGUUCUGACGACUCGAGUUUACUCCACUCUCAGGAUGAAUUAGCCUCUCCCAAUCACUCCUCCAACGAGGAGGCAGAGAUGGAAUCUUUGUCCGAUCACCGUUUACGUCGUGUGCCUCGUAUGAACUAUUCCGGAUUCGAUGCCGGUAUGACGCGUCCACCCAAUAUGAGGGUGAAGUCAGACAAUUCGCCUGAUCCUCAAUCGAGAUCGAACACAAUCGAUAUACUGAAAGCUGGAGAUACUUGUUCGGGCAAAGAGUUAUCAGGUGCACUAGAUCCUAUAACGGAAGAAGAGUCCGCGACCGAGGAUAGACGAUCCGCGCCAACUGUUGAACCUGGGAAACGUCUUACAUCCAUGGAAAGUUCUUCUGAUUCGGCGGACGAAUUUAUUCCCUCCAGAAUCACCAAAACCGGAGUCAGUGUUCGGUACUCAAUGCGAAACGCGCAGCACUCGCUAGUUUCUGAACCGCAAGAGGAAAGUCCUCUUGCUGCUACUCCACCUGAUGAUGCUAUACCAUCGGCGAACCACACUCCAGAUGUACUAGCACGCACCAAAUCAAUCAGUCGUCUGUAUUUACUUCCUGUUGUCAAAUUGGUUGUCGAGUGGGUCUGUUGUUUUACUGCCAAGCAUCCAGAGUUGCUCUUUUCCCCGCCCACUGCUGGUGAAGCUUCUACUGGCCCGAACACAACCGAACGGAAUCACGUGUAUCAGCCUCCUCAUAAGUCUACUAGAACUAUAGCGGAUAUAGCACAAGAAUGGUGUGCACAGUUGGCUCACCUGCUUAAUGAGCUGUACCCGACAGUGGAGCAAAUCGAAUCCGAAUUCAACAGGUCAGAGGAGGGCACAUCUGAACCGGAAAGCGUAAUUACAAAGUUGCUUUCUCCAUUCGGUCGAUACGCGCUUCUUCAUGAAUUGGGCGACCUCGCACGGACCAAGUCACUGUACAGGUGUCACACGGAAACAGAUCACGAACUGGCAACGGAUAAACCCUUGACAAAUGAAAAUGUUCCCAGUUCGUCGGAAGGGUUGCGUUAUGCGUUGCCUGAGGAUUGGCUUCUGCGUGGUCUGGAUUUGUUGAGCUCGACUGUUUUGCGCUCGAUACGCUUGAUGUCGUUGGGUCACAAACUGAUGAAAUACAGUGAUCAGCUAGGUGCAGUGUUCACCGUGGAUCUCGCUCGGUCGAAACCUUUCAUCGUCCCGGAGUUAUCUUCCAGAUCCCACGACUUUCAUCCGCUCCAUCGUCCUCCAUCUGGGUCCCAUCCAAGUCGUCAUGGUCGUGGCCGAUUCCCGCAUCGCUAUCAGCACUCUUCACACUUCUAUUACCAACAACAACAACAACAAGGCUGUGGCGAAUGGACGGUUAGAUCUAGUCGGUGGUCCGCUAAACGUGGUCAUUGGUUCGGUCGUGCAGCCAGAGGGCAUGGACCUCGUGGACAUCCGACAUAUCUCAUGCGCCGGUCAGGUAAAAGUGCCCGUUCAACUGAGUCGUACACGGAUCCUCGGAACACAGCCUAUCUGAAGCAUCCUCAGUGUGGUUUGAAACUGGGAUCUACCGCGACACGUGGUGAAGCAAAUCUCAAUACCAGUCCUACCCGAACGGGGUCUGGCGAUGUUGCCAAACAGUCGUCUAACAGUAGUUUGUCUCUGACCGUAGCUGAAACUAUACCGGCAAAUGAGGAGAGUAUGAAUGAUCCGGAAUCCCGAAAGACUCAGGUAAUGCGGGACAUGGCUCGUUUGCGCCUGUUGAACGAGGUGGAUCAGUUGACACGACAAUUUCAGAACGUUUCCCCACGUGCGCAACCUCCAGACGGUAAUGGUUCUGCCGAUCACCCGAAGGCAGCAUCUGGUGACAAUGCUGACGCAGCAUCAACACGGACCGAUAACUUCGUCUCUCCCUAUCUGGUUCUAGACGCCUACUGUUUGACCGGCCAUCUACCCGCAGUCAAACAGUUAGUCCAAUCCGGGGCGUUUGUUCUCAUCAUUCCGACAGCCGGUGGGUUAUUUCACGUUCUAUCUCUUUUGAUGUGUGGAUUCUUACCUCAAUUGUUUUGA